CAUCUCUCGUCCAGAACCAGCACCUCGCCGUGCUGGCCAAGAACUUGAAGCUGGACGCUUACAUGCUCUACGCUCACGGCUCGGACCUGUGCCACGACCUUGAACUGAGGCACGCCAUGGCCAACUGCUUCGAAGCUCUCAUGGGAGCCUUGUUUCUGGACGGCGGGAUAAAGGUGCCCGACAAGGUGUUCGGCAACACCAAGUUCCAGGACGCGGAGCUGCGGUUCGUGUGGUUCGCCUACCCCCUGCACCCCCUGCAGCAGCAGGAGCUGACGGGCGACCGCCACUGGAUCCAGUCGCACCGCCACCUGCAGAAAUUAACAGAAUUUGAGGAUGCUAUUGGUGUGAAAUUCAAUCAUAUCCGUCUCCUCGCACGAGCUUUCACCGACAGGAGUGUGGGGUAUACAAACCUUACACAGUGA